GUGUGAGACCUGCAAGUAGCCGUUAAAGAGACCUGUCCGAUCAACGAGCCACUCCAGCGUUGAUGUAUACAUAGUAAUGCGCCAUAGUCUGUGCGGCGACCCCACAUAAAUAGAUCCCAAUUCCCAUGGAAGUUCCCAUUCCCAAGCUCGGAUUCUCGUCGCCCAACCCUCGACCAAAUACUUUUAUUAUUCGCCGUGACAAACACUCCACCACUGACGCCCUGCUUUAGGCCUCCACAGAAAUCAUGGCUACAGGCGUCGAUGCAAGGUUGCUCAAGUCGACCAAAUUUCCUCCCGAGUUCAACCAGAAGGUUGACAUGCAAAAGGUCAAUCUUCAGGUCAUGAAAAAAUGGAUAGCAGGCAAGGUCACUGACAUCCUCGGAAAUGAAGAUGACGUCGUCAUUGAGCUUGUUUUCAAUCUGAUUGAAGGGCCUCGACACCCCGAUAUCAAAUCCCUCCAGAUUCAGCUCACUGGAUUUCUUGACAAGGACACGGCGUCGUUCUGUAAGGACCUCUGGAAGCUCCUUCUGAGUGCUCAGAACAGUCCCCAAGGUGUACCGAAGGAGUUGCUCGAGGCGAAGAAACUGGAACUAAUCCAAGAGAAGCUCGAAGCCGACAAGGCGGCCGAGGAAGCUCGACAGCGACGUGAUGAGUUCGAGCGCCGAGACCGCGGCCGGGGCGGGGGCGGGGGCGGACAGCGUGGCGGCCGAGGAGACUCCUGGCGCGGCGGCCGUGACGCGCGUGACGAUCGGGAUCGAGACUAUGAUAAUCGCGGCCGAGGGAGCUUCGGCAGUGGCAGAGGUCGAUCCCGUUCCCCACCCCGAUAUCGCAACCAGGGAGAUCGCGGUCCUCCUCGAGGAGGCGGUGGGGAUAGUUAUGUACCGCGCGGAAGCCCGACAUUAAGACGUGGGCGGCAUGAAACCCGAUUCCGGGACAAUAGACGACGAAGAUCCGCGACUCCGUCCCGAUCUAUCGACUCAGCGUCAUCGCGAUCACGUUCUCGAAGCUCAAGCGCGGUUAGCCGGCGAUCUAACCAUGCCCGUUCUCCGAGCCCAGCUCGACGACGCGCAUCUCCAUCUCCAGCUCGAGAUCGCCGUACAAGACCUAGAUCUCCAUCACCAGCCUCGCGCCGAGGACGGCCGCGGUCUGUGUCCUCCGACCGUGCAUCUCCGCCGCCUAAGCGUCGUAGAUACUCCUCUUCUCGAAGUCGGUCGCCAGAUCGCCGGCAGAAGUCGAGAUCUUCGUCGUUAUCGUCGAGCUCCUCAAGGCAUUCGCGGCACUCGCGACCACUCUCACGCUCUCGCUCUCCGAGACGUAGCCGAGCAGGACGGACUAGCCGUGGGAGCAGGAGUGUUUCAACCAGCUACAGUAGCCGCCGGGGCGGAGAUCGACGAUCACUAACUCCUUCGUCUGUCAAUAGCCCUGCCGCAUCAACGCCGAGAAGUGAAAGUGGGGGACGUGGUCACCAUCGAGAACGAGAGCGUGGUCAAGCUCGACGGCCUGACACUGAAGAUGACCGGCUCGUCAACAAGAUCUCUUCUAGUUCUCAAGUUUCACAUUCCCGCGACGGUUCAGCUGAUGUUUCCGGCAUUGAAGACAGACCGCAAUCUUCCCACGAUAGAUCAUCCGCUUCCGAUGCUCGGCAGGUUGGUCGGCCUUCCCAGGAGGAGGACGUAGCUCGGAGUAACUGACAGGCUGGCAGCCGAAGACCACCGAACAACAAGCCAACGAACUGCGAGAGAAAGAACUGCGGGAAAGAAUCAAGAAGAUGAGAUCCUCGAAGAGCGAUCCUAGCAAUGUUGAGGCUAACCGUCGUUGAAGCUUUUGUAAGCUUUUGUAGCAUCACCAGCGCCAUUAGUGCUAUCAGAUUCAGAGGGCAGUGACCACUCGGGAUAAUCCGACGCGGUCAAUUCAUAUCGGCAUUGCGUUUCUUAUUCUGGCGUGGAAGGGGCGGUUGUUUAACCUCGCCGAGAUACCGCGGUUGCACCUAAGUAGAAGCCACGACAUGGCUCUGUGCUUUUAGA